AUGCCAUACUAUGUAUAAAUAUAAAUAUAUAAAUUUACAAGAAUCAUUUUACUAUAUUUGAAGAUGGCAUUUGUCUCGUCUAAUAUAUAAACAGAUAUCUGAUCAGGAGAAGUGAAGAGCAAUUAGUUCAAUUUAGGUGGAUGACUUGUAGUAGAACUUUUGACUUCCUAAAGUUCUCUAAUUUGAAGUGUAGACCAAGAUUAUUAUAAUUGAUAUGAUGAAUAUAGAUUGAUGUUAGUCUUGCAUAAUAUGUUGAAGAUACUAGAUUUUUAAAAGAAUAGAUUCGAAUGAAUCACAGAAUUAAUAUUAUAGAGUUGGCAUUUCCUAGAAUUAAUACUGUCAAAAGUAUAGGUAAGAUUUUAGAUAGCUGGAUUUAUUAAAAUAGCCAAAUCUGAUUGAAAGUAUUAGCACCCACUGGUCUCAAAAAUUUAGAUUAAUUACUUAUGGCUUGGGCUGGGACUUAUAAUAUUUCCGCCCUAAAUCUGAUACAAGUUGCGAAAGAUAAUAAAAUGGUUUAAAUUAUCGUGCUCCCCUGCUAUUGGAUAAACGUAGAGGACUGUGUCACCUGAAGAUUUCAGGCAUAUUGUUGAUCAGUCUUUCUGGCUGAAAGAUAUAAAUAAGAAAUUGCAUAUUGAGGUAUUUAGGUGUUGGAUUACUUAAAGAAACAUCAGAAACUUUAGAUAACUCAACUCUUAAAUAGUAUAAUAUUGCUGCCCUUCAAAAAUAAGAGCAAAAUGUUAUAAAUGUAUUCUCACAGUUUCUCCAUUAAUGUACAAGGAGAAUUCACUUCAACGAUUUUGCUAUGAAAACUCACGCAUAAGAAUAUGAUUUUGGGUUUAAUGGAUAUGAAGAUAAAAAUUUCAAAAUUGGCAUCCAACUAAAUUUUAAUCUGAAACUGAAAUCCAAUAUUUAAUGGAAAAUGGAGUUUGGUAACUACUGA